AAUACAAUACAACUAUCUCCUUAAUAUUAACAAAGGCUUCAGAAAAUCGGAUAUCAAUAGAGGCUAUCGAAAAUCGGAUAUCAACAGAGGCUAUCAAUGAUACUGUACCAACAGAAGCUACGGAAGAUCUUAUAUCAAAAGAGGCUACUGAAGAUCGAUAUCAAUGAUCUUAUACCAGCAGAAGCUAUGAAGAUCUCGUAUCAACAGAGGCUACCGAAGAUACGGAAGAUCUUCUAUUAAAAGAGGUCACUAAAGAUAGGAUAUCAACAGUGGCUAUGGAAGAUCUUAUAUCAACAGAGGCUACUGAAGAUCGGAUAUCAACAGAGGCUACUGAAGAUCGGAUAUCAACAGAGGCUAUCGAUGAUCUUAUACCAGAAAAGGCUACGAAGUUUCAUAUCAACAGAGGCUACCGAAGAUACGAUAUCAACAAAGGCUACGAAAGAUCUUAUAUUAAAAAGAGGUUACUAAAGAUUGAUUUAAAUACAAUAUUUUUAUAGAAUUAAGAUUGACAACUUCUUUUUAAGUUUGUCCCGGUACAUACAUAUUAAAUUGUAUUUUGUUAGUUUAUUUGGCAUCAAUUCAAUAUUGCAACCUGUUUUUAUUUCAAUUUUAGAUAGUUCGGUAGAUGUAAAUUUGAUGUAAUAUUUGUUAAUAUCUGAAUGAAUUUUAUUCUGCAGAAAAUGAAGGCUUUAAUACUGAUCGUUUUGCACAUAGCAGCAGUGCUCUGUCAGUUCAAACUGAAUAAAUUAAGUUAUACGAAGCUGCCGUACACAACUAACAAUAAGUUUGGUUUGCUUAGAAAUGCUGCUCACCAGGCUGCUUAUCAUGCACAAGAACGUCUGCUCUAUGUUUUAGGCAGUCAAACAGCGUCAAAUGAACCACGUCUACUCCAUAUUAUUGAUGCAAGCAACCCAUCAUCUCCAUCGGUAAUCCACACGCACGAAUUUAGUUCAACAGAAAAUGGAAGAGCCAAUGAUAUUGCUGUUUGUCCAGAUUCAGUUGCUGUAUCGUUAGAUUCACCACUCGCUACUAAAGAAGGACACGUGGAGAUGUUCGUGCCCUUUCGUCGCGGAGACUCACAGCUUGUCCAGAUUGGAAGGGAACCAGUUGGAGUUAACCCUAAAGGACUGGCUUUUACAAGUGACUGUCAAAAACUAGUUAUCGCUAACGAGGGUCGCGGUGACUUGGACUCUGUUGCCCAACAGUUUGUUGAUCCACCAGGAACGGUUAGCAUAUUACUGAGAAACGACAUUGGUACACCAGCACUGGUUACCAUUAAUUUUGAGAGAUUUUUAGGUGGAAGGGAAGCAGAAUAUCAGAACAAAGGAGUAAGAUGGGUAUACCAGGGCAACCAUAACGCUGGAGUCAUAAACAAAAUGUCUGACGACCUAGAGCCUGAUCAGGUUACCAUUAGCAACGAUCAACGAUUCGCUUAUGUUUCUCUUCCUGAAAACAAUGCAGUUGCGAGAAUAGACAUUAAUUCUUAUUCAGUAAAUGAAAUUUUUGCACUUGGAAUAAAGAAUUGGACGCUUUAUAAUACAGACUGCAGUGACCAGGAUGGAGGGGGAAAUUUGGUACGCCGUCCAAUAUAUUCAAUGUACCAAGCUACAGAUAUUGAUACUGUUAUUCUGAAUGGCCAAGAAUAUGUCCUGUCGGCAAAUCAAGGAGUCAUCAAAAGAUAUGCCGCAGUGCAAGGCGAUACAUUUGACGAAUCGAGGCGAGCAAGAACAAUUGCUAGUGAUGGCGAAUUUGACGAAUCGUCGUGGACGUCUGAAAUGUCAACAGCCGUACGCAACAAUCAACAACUUGGUAGAUGGCAAGUAAGAUAUAGUGAUAACUUCGAUUUUAUUUCAAGACAAGUUAAGAAUGUGAUGGGUUAUGGAGGACGCAGCAUGUCUCUGUGGCAAACUCAAACAAUGUCCUUAGCGUUUGAUACUGGCGAUGAACUAGAAACUCAGGAAUUCCAAAAUUAUCCAACAACAUUCAACGGGGAAGCCAACAAUGGAAACCAAUCUCCAUUACAACAAGUAGAUCAGCGUUCUGACGAUCAUGGCCCAGAGCCCACUGCUGUAGCAAGUGGUCUAUAUGGAAAUAAUUUACCAAUAGUAGUCGUAGGCACAAGAACUGGGCUCAUUCAUAUGUACAGUGAUGAUUUGUUGGUGCCUAGACAUCAAUCUGUACACCGUGAGGGCAUGACAACUCAGCCUUGGAAUACGCUGUACACCAACGGCCAAGCUGGAGACGCCAUUAUAACCGACAUCGGAAUUAUAAAUGCAAACGAGUCACCAAAUGGACAACCUUUAGUAUGGGUUAUUGGUUCCGCAACAGGAUCUGUUGGAAUGUAUCAAGUUCAGCUUAACAGGAAAUAGAACAAUUACUACAUAGAUUAAAUAUAAACCUCUGAAAAUAAAAAUUAAAAAAAUGAU